UUGUACAGGUGACAUCCUCAUCCUUUUUAUAGAUUCAAAGCCAUGAGUUCUAGCGAAGCAGCAGGCUUGCUAGAAAGCAUUAUAACUGGCGAUUUUCUACUUGAUGAAAAUAAUAUGAAAGAUAUGCUUGAUAAUAUACAAAUAAUUGACGACGAUAAUCUUUUAAACGAAAUAUCAUCAAACUUUAUAAACGGUAUUAUAUCUUUUCAGGAAUAUCAAGAUUAUUUAGAAAAAGGAAUAGAAGAAACACCUAAUAUCAGAAAAAAAAAUGUUGAUCAUGAUUCUGUUAAUGAGGAAGAUUGGAAAUUAGAUGAAAAAAGCGAAAAUUCUUCAGGUUCUGAAGAGUAUAUUCCAUAUCGUAAGAGUAAAACAAGGAGGAUUAGUUCACAGCUAGGAACUAAUAUUUUAGAAAAAUCAUAUUCUGGAAAAUUAGCAAUAUCUACUAAAACAAGACUUCCCAAACAUUUACAAGGGUUAAUGGGAACUGCAAAUAUGCAAUGGGCUAGUGGUCAGAAAUUACAAGCCAAAGAAAUAUGCAAUGAAAUAAUAAAAUUAGCACCAUCUGCUUGUGAACCAUAUAGUUUACUUAGUUUAAUUUAUGAAGAAAUUGGUGAUUCUUUAAAAUCUUAUCAAUACUCUGUCAUAUCUGCCCAUUUGGACUCAAAUAUGGAUCCAAAUAGAUGGGUCAAAUUGGCCAAAUAUUGCAAAACCUCUGAAAACUAUAAUGAAGCAAUAAAGUUUUAUAAAAAAGCUAUUUACACACUGAAAAGAAAUACCAAAAAACCUGAAGAAGAAUUCAAUUUAACCUUAUUAGUAAAGUAUUCUAUUGAAUGUGCAUCAAUGUAUGAGGAAUUAGGAGAGAUUAAAAAAGCUAUAUUAGACUAUCAGAGGAUUUUAUUUUUCUUAAAUGAUUUUGAUUACGCAAGUGAUUAUGUGAAAACAACUCUUGUAUCAAUAUCAGAAAAAAUUUCCAGAUUAUAUUACUCACUAAAUGAUUCUGAAGCAGCAUAUACUUCCCUGAAUAAAACAUUACAUCAUUAUGCAAUUAACUCUUUAGAUAUGGGAACUGUGAAUUUAUAUGUGGAUUUAUUGACAGAUUACAGACGACCCCAACAAAGGAUUCUACCUUCGCCAGCUUCACUCCUAUCUAGGGUCAACACCAAACGAUUCAUAAAUGUUUUAGACAUUUUGGGGAAUUUUUGUGGUAUCGAUUUAAUAUCAGCUUCGCUCUUAUCAAAUGGUAACCAACACACGGAUAAAAAUGAUGGCGGGAUUAACGAUGUUAUCAUUCCCGAUAAUUUCCCCAUAGAUUUUCAAAACGAAUUAGCCAUUAGUAUAAUAAAUUUACAAAAAUUCGCCUCUCCAUAUUUGCAUGCCGAAAAAUAUCACCAUUUUAGGACUCCCUAUUACGAUAAUAUAACAAACCAUUCGGAAAGAUCGCUGAUUGAAUUGGAUCCCAAUCUCUUUGGUGAUCUAUACAUCGAUUUAAUCGAAGCCUAUAAGAUGAGUUUCGAAGAAGGGGCUGGUAAAAAUUGUGAAACAUGCUGCGAUUCAAACUUAGAUAGAAAUAAAAAGUUCCUCGAAAAAGCUUUAGUACUUUAUCACCGGUUAUUAGGGAUUAAGCAGGAUUUCGACAAAACCCCUAAGGAUGAUCAACCUCAAUCAGAUGAGUUUGAAAUAGAUUAUGACUACAUCGAAAAUCCGACUAUUUAUAGCAGCGUACCCGGAAUAUGGCUCUCCUAUUCCGAAACGCUGGAAUCCUUUAACGAAACUGAAAAGGCUUAUUAUGCCAUGAAAAAAGUGGUCAGUUUAGCCCCAGAACAUCAAAUCACCCGUUUUAAAUUAAAAACUCUAGAAGCAGAACUUUUAAAGGUGCAAAAUAAAAACAUUUAUCCUAACAUCAGCGCCAUAAAAUCGAAUUUAAUGAACGUCUACUCUACAUCAAAGGGAAAUUAUGAUGACAAAAAUCUUGGCAUGACUUCCUAUAAAAACGAAGAUUUUGAGGAAUGCCCUCCUUUCCCAUCUGAUAAUAUAACGUUGGAACUUUUUUCGAAUCUCAUGCAAGACCAAGAAUUAUUUAAUGAUUGUUUACACGAGUGCCUCAAGUACCCUACAUCAUCUUUUUCUGCUCCCAAUCGCGACCGAUUUUUAAGCCUCGGUAUUUCAACUUUUUUUUCUAUGGCCUCUGAUAGCCUCAAGAUUUCUUCGACUUCUAUGUCCCGAAGAAAUAUUGUUUUGGAAACCAUGCAUUUCGCAGAAAUUAAGCUCGGUAAAGUCAAGGAGCGGAAAAAAUUAGUAGUACCGGCUCGUAUGCCUCAAAUCAAUCACGAUUCCACGGUAAUGUCUCUCGAUGAUGAGGUCAAAGAGAUGGGAGCGCAAGAAAUUCUCAAUAUAAGAUUCGGAACCAAAGUAGGCAUUAAGAUGAAUCAAUUAUUCGGUCUUUUGGUGAAAGAACUAUUAGCCGACCAUAGCGACCACGCGAUUGAUAAUAUUUUCUUUUUGUUUAUUUGCGCAUCAGCCAAUAUUAACGCGUUCAGCGGUCGUAAUUAUCGUAAAAAUAUCCGUCUAAAUCUUCUAUUACUAACAAUCAGAUCUAGAAGAUGGCAUUACGCCAUAGACAUUAUUAAAUCGGUACUCAUUUUAAUGGAGAUGGAUCCUAAUUCCAACAAGAUAUUCUAUUAUAAUUUAUCCCCGAACGUAGAUCAAUGCUUAAUAAAUGAUCAAAUAUUGGAUAUUCACGCAACGUUCAUGAAUAUCUUGAUGUACACUUUAAGGCCUAAAUACGUUAAUAAAUUUAGUAGUUACUUUUCUACAAAUAAAUACAGCAAUUUAUAUACGAUCAAUGAGAAAAAAAAUUUAGCUCACAUGGCCAAAGCGCAUAAACCGAUAAUUAUGUUUAUAUUGAAGCGGCUUAGAUUAUUGGAAACGAAUGAUUACCAAAAUAAUCUCAAAAGUGGAAAGCGCGUAUAUUUUAUUUAUUCGUUAGCAUACGCUUGUCUCAACUUGGCUACUGGUUGCUAUGGAAUCGCCUUAUCAGAGUUAAAGAACGUAUUAUCCAUGAUCUUGGACGAAACGAACUCGCAUAUACUUUUAAAAGGUAAUGAGCACGCCAGACCAUUGAUUUUUCUAAUGUUGGGAACUACGCUAUUAAAUAUAUCUUGCCACCAACCUUAUUAUAUACGUGACAAUAUAAUCGAGAGUUCGGGUUUGAAAAAACUACUCAACGCUUUAACCGCACCCAACGCCAAUAAAUUUUUCCCUGUAGCCACCAACGUUCCUUUAAUCAUGUUACCCCUGACUUACGCUUUUAUCUGUUUUUCAAUUUACUUACACUAUCGUGGACCAUGUCAGGAAUCUUAUUAUAACAUUGCUCGCUCCUUUCAUCAAAUAGAUUUGACUUCCCUGGCUAUGGUAUACUAUGAAAGGGCUUUGAAAUGUGGUCCUAUCAAACUAUCCACAGGUGAUUAUGAUAACGGGUGCGUCGAUAUGACAAAAGAGAUCGCUUAUAAUUUGAGAAUUAUAUACGAGAAAUCUGGUGCACGCGAAAUAGCGGGCUAUAUAACACAAAAAUAUUUAACUAUCUGAAUUUUAAGAAAUCUCCUUAAAAUAAAUAAAGAUCUCUUAUUUACAUACAUUUAUCAAAGCCAUAUAAAAAUGUUAUUUCUUAUUCAAAUUUUCACACAUCCUAUUUGUAUUUUUUUAGUUUGAAUUAUAAAUUGUAAUAUAUUUUUUUUGGAUCAAAAAAAGAAUUUCAUAAAGAU